GCCGGGCGUGAGGGCGCGGGAAGGCAUGUGGUCCGGGGGAGGAAGUGGUUGUGUUUCAGAAUAUUUCGCCAGGGUAUUGAGUUGCGGCACAAAUGGAUCCGGACUUGUUUGACAUGUGCACCUACCUGGCGACUGAGGAGGAUGCCCUGCAGUUCUGUCGCGCGCACGGGCUCAUACCGGCGCCCCGUCUGGCGCCGAAGGACCGGCGGAUGAACGAGUACUGGGGCGUCUGUGGCGAGCUGAGCUUCAACCCUGCAAAGCCGAAGUGUCACGGCUCGGUCACCACCACCUGGCGCACGUAUGCCAAUGGGCCGAAGCCGCAGUAUCGCUGCGUGCGCUGCAAGAAGCAGACCUCGCAGCAACGAUUACUGAGGCAGGUGAGGUCCGGCGCUGCCGGUGGCGGCGGCACCUUCUUCGCCAGCGUGGACGCCGCCGGCCGGCCGAACGUCAAGGUGUCGAAGGCGUCCGUGCUGUGGAUCCUCUACUGCAUGAUGAAGAAGCUCACCAUCGCGGCCACGCUGUCGGGCGCCGCGCACCGCUUCAGCGACCUGAGCGACAUGGCUGUGGUCGAAUGGCGCAGCUACGUGCGUGAGCUGUUCGAGAUCGAGCUGGACCUCGCACCGACCAUGGGCGGGCCGGCUGAGAGCGUGCGCAUCGACCUCAUGCCGUACGUCGGCCAGCCUAAGCACCCGGUCGCCAAGAAGGCGCGUCGCAGUUUGGAUGACUUUGCCGGGCCGUGGCUGCUUGGGCUGCGGUGCCAGCGCAGCGGUGAGUUCCGGCUCUUCUACGUGCAGCGGCGCUCGGAGGCGGUGCUGCUGCCGAUCGUGUGCCGUCACGUGGCGGCCGGCACCGCCGUCCUCUCGAACAAGAUAGGCUUUCGGUUCCUCAGCACGGCCGCUGAUCAUCGCGGCCCCAGGAAUUACGUACAUGAGCCGGGAUUCCAGGGACAGAAGGUGGCCAAGGCGUGGUCCCGCGUCAGGGUGGCGCUGUCGCACCAGCCGAAGGGCACGUGUGGCCCCACUCUGCCCGGCUACCUGGCCACCAUCUGGUGGGAGAGCCAGGCCGGGCCCGAGCCCUUCAACCGCCUGCUGGAGGUCAUCAGGCGCCACUACCCCCAGGAGGAGGACUGGGACGUGGACACUCCUCCCGCGCUGCCAGCGCCGUCGCCGCCGCCCAUCUCUGUCGUCAGAGACGCGACAACCAAGACAAAGCAGGAAAUAAGUCGGUCCUGGCGGUCGAAAGGACCUUCAAGCGCCGAAGUUCGCUGAGGGCUGUUGUGAUGCUGGGGUCCAAGGAGGCUAUUUCAUUGCAAGGCCCUCAAAAGUGCAGGCGAUGAACGCUGCCCAUUGUCUUUUGAAACUCAACCAAUUGUUGUGUUUGUUGAAUGUGAUGUGACAAUAUAUGAAGUC